GAAGCUCGAGGCACUCGGAAACUUCAAACGCUGCAGGGAAUGGUGAGAAAUUUUGGGUUCAAUUUAUUUCUUUUCUUCUGUAAUCGUCUUCUUAUUCAGCUGCUUGUGAAAACCCAAUUAACAUUUUUGUGAAUUUGUGGCGAAUUUUCUUCCCUCGACUUGAUCGAUUAGUGAUACCUGGAUUGCUGUGUUGGACGGAGGCCAUGUUCUGGUGUAGCAACGAUUGUUUUUGUCUUUUCGUUUAGCAUAUGUUUUUUGUAUUUUUUCACAAGAUGGCGGACUUUACACUGGAGUUGGAAGCGCUUCGUGUUGAGAAUGCGAGACUGAAAGAGAAGCUGAAGCAGCAUUUGUUGGUAGAAGAUAUGCUGCUUCCAUCUUCGAGUAAUUUGCCAAGGGCUGUGAUCGGGAUGAAUCGAGAGGGUGGAGAGAAUGCUUGCCCUGCUCCUCCCUGGAUUGCAGGUUUGAGCCAUAGCUUGACAGCUGCUCAGAUUCAAAGAUAUAGCCGUCAACUCCUCCUUCCUUCGUUUGGAGUUAAGGCGCAAGAGAAUCUCUGCAAGGGUUCGGUUCUGAUAGUGGGAGCUGGGGGAUUGGGUUCUCCUGUGGCGCUCUACCUGGCUGCUUGCGGAGUUGGGUGCAUUGGAAUUAUGGACCCGGAUCGUGUGGAGCUUCACAAUCUGCACCGGCAGGUGAUUCACAAUGAAGCAUCUGUUGGGGAGACAAAAGUCUCAUCGGCCUCUCGGACUUGUCUGGCUAUCAAUUCAUCUGUCAAGGUGGUUGAAUAUCCAUUUGGUUUAGAUGCGAGAAAUGCGCUGGACAUCAUGGCUCAGUAUGAUGUGGUGGUGGAUGCAUCAGACAAUGUAGCAACGAGAUACCUUGUCAGUGAUGCAUGUGUUGUGGCGAAUAAACCUCUUGUUUCUGGGGCUGCUUUGGGUAUGGAAGGGCAGCUGACAGUAUACAAUUACUUAAAGUUUCAGUUUUGCAAAGCAUUGAAGUUCAUCCAACUGCAGGGACCGUGCUAUCGAUGCUUGUUUCCAACCCCAUCUCCUCAAGCAGCAUGCCAACGUUGUUCAGAUGCUGGUGUGCUUGGAGUUGUUCCUGGAAUUGUAGGAACUUUUCAGGCCUUGGAGGUUAUCAAGGUUUUGACAAAAGUCGGAGAACCGCUCUCAGCCAGGAUGCUCAUAUUAGAUGCAUUAUCAAGUAGAAUUCACACCGUCAAACUCCGUGGAAAGAAUACACAAUGUGUGGCUUGUGGAGAACUUCCGCAGAUUACCCACAUAACACUUCCAAAUUUUGACUACGAGAAAUUUGCGGCUUCACCAAUGUCUGAUGGGACACCACCAAGGGAACAAGUUGUGGGAGAAGAUCAGUCAAUCACCUGUACAGAUUAUAAUAAAUUGGUGAGAGGGCAUAAGUCGCAUGUUUUGGUGGAUGUCAGGGAGAAACAUCAGUACGACAUAGCAUCACUUCCAGAUUCCUUGAACAUUCCUUAUGCUAAACUUCCCCAGCAAUUAGACACAAUCCGUGCUGCGGCACAAAAGCAUAAACAUGAGGGAGAUGAGGAUAUGUCAGUGUACGUGAUUUGUAGGAGGGGGAAUGAUUCUCAACGUGCUGUUCAGGAUCUUCGAAGUGCUGGCUUCAAUUUGGUGUAUGACAUUACAGGGGGUUUGCUGUCAUGGGCCCAAGACGUGGAUUCCACUUUUCCAGCGUUAUGACAAGACCAAGUUUUGUGAUGCUGCAUUUUUGACGGUCAGAACCGUAGUUUAUUGCACAUGGUGCAUGCCACGUAUUGGGAACAAUUGAGGAAAUUGGGGGAUAGGUUAACUAAGUUGUAGAAUGCAGGUUGAUCCUCUGUAAGGUCAAGAUGCCAAACUGGACUAGUGCGAAACAAUGGACUUCGCGGCACCAGAAUUCCAUGUAACAAAGGAUUUCUUGAUGAACUUUACGGUCAUCGCACUUCAACUUGUAAUGAGGAAUUCAUCCCUGCAUCGUGACAGAAGUGCCGGAGCAGAUGUUCGCUAUCGAUGCAACUUACGGCUGAACCUCCAGGUUUAUUUUUGGGCAAUGUGUGAACGCAGCCAUCGAACCAGUAUAUGUUUCACCCACAACUGUUCGUUGUUAGGACUUGAAUUCCCUGUAAGUAUAAUACUGGUGAUUCGUCUCUUCUUCAUCUAGGCUUUCAUUCGAGUGGGAGAAAAGGUUUGCAAUGUGUGGCCUCCGGCUAUACGCAGGUGUCAGUAAGCGCUAGAACCUGGUUUGUGAAACAUGUCUACAUGUUUCAGAGUCAGAAAACUGGGCUUUUUCAACUUUACGUCAGUUCUAUGACAGGUUCAAGUUCUUGUAACACAUAUAAUUUGCUUUGCAUCAAAAGCUGUUCAUUAUUCAACUCCUUUUCUGAAUUAUGGGAGUCUCCGGUAUCAAUGCUGCUGGAAAAUCCUUUA